UACAAUACAGUUUACUGCAGUAUUUUUUUUUUUUUUUUUUGGAUAUGAUCUAGUAGGGUAUUUAGUUCAUUUUAUAUACUAUACAAUACAGUUUAGUUUAGCGUUUUAACUAUUACUCAGCAUUAAAAUAAACCGGAUGGCUUUUGCGUUACAUUGUCCUGGUAUUAUUAUUUCUGACUUCACUCAGCACGUGACGUCACGCUUGAUAGUGGCGUGACUUUCCAGGUCUGAUCUCCUCAUUUCCCCAUUUUUCACCUGGUUUGUUAGCUUUUACUCAUUUAUGUGUAUUUCUGCACGGAUCUCUCUCUCUCUCUCUGUCUCUCUGUGUUGCUGAAUAUUUCUGUCUGAGUCAGGACUAACCUCCAGUACAAAUUUAAUUGCACGUUGCAGGAUGAUUCAGACCCUGAAAAGUGUCAGACAUUUGGCCAUGGCAACGAUGAAACAAAGAGUGACUGAGUUCAGGAUGUCAGUGCCCUGGGGGGAGAUGAGAGGCCAAGCAUGGGGUCCUAAUCACGGGCGUCCUGUGCUCUGCCUGCACGGCUGGUCCGACAACAGUGGCUCCUUUAAGACUCUCAUCCCGCUGCUACCUGCUGAUUGGAGGUGUGUGGCUGUAGAUUUGCCUGGCCAUGGUUUCUCCUCUCACAGACCUGCAGGAGUUUUCUACACAUUUCCUGCAUAUAUCGCAGACAUACGGCGCGUCAUUGAAGCUCUACAGUGGAAACGCUUCUCCAUCAUUGGCCACAGUAUGGGUGGAAAUAUAGGUGGAAUGUUCUGUGCGUUGUAUCCAGACAUGGUGGAUGCAUUAGUGCUCAUGGACUCCUAUGGAUAUCUUCCAGUAGAUGUGAAAAGAAUGAGCAGGAUCAUGAAAAGAGGGAUUGAGGAAAUGAUAGAAUAUGAGAAAAAGCUGCCUGAGAGAAAAGAAAGGAUCUACACCUAUGAGAACGCCAAAGAGAGGCUGAAGACAGCGAAUGAGUUUCUCUCAGAUGAGUCAGUAGAGAUUCUUCUAGAACGAGGAGUCCAGAAGGUGGAUGGAGGGGUGGUGUUCACCAGAGACAUCAGACUCAACCUGACGAACAUUUUUCGGAACUCGUUGGAGCAGUGUCUAGAGUUCCAGUCACAGAUAAACGCUAAAGUGCUAAUGCUGCGGGCGAGUGAGGGUUUGCAGAAGACCUUACCCCAACCUGAGGAGAUAGCAGUUCCCUUACUAAAGGGCUGGUCAGAACGAAAAAGCACCAUUGUGACAGUGGAAGGAGAUCAUCAUGUGCAUUUGAACAACCCUGAGCGUGUAGCACCUAUCAUCACUGACUUCCUGCUGUCCCAGACGUCUCAACACAUUGCCAAUGCAUCUGACUUUAAUCAGACUCCUAAAUUAUAAAUUCCGCCUUCCAUGCAUGUACUUGUAUGGACUUUUUUUUAUUUUCAGAGCUGCACAUACUACCCAUAGCUGGGUUUUAGUACAAGUAACUGAGAGAUGAGAGUGUUAGUCAAGGUGGGACAGGGUGGUGGUUAUAAGCUAAUGUAUAAGGGUAUACUCAGUAAUUUUUGGUUUUUACUGAAGCUACGGUUUUGAAAGUCAAGCUCCAAACAGGCCUCAUUUCAGUGACCCCCCCCCCCCCCCAGUGUAUGAGGAGGAGUUUUCUGAAUUGCCAGACAGCAUGAUUGACAGGAAGGUAGAGAUGCCCCCUUUUCCUGAUUGGUUGGAUAUUGAUGGUUCAUUUCAUUUGUCAUUUCACCCCUUUCUAGCCUGGGAUAUGCACCGAGGUAUUUUAUCAAGGAGAAAUUCUCAAAAUAUGUGUGACAGCCUGGGAAUACAUUUCACAUGGUGCUACAUAUAUUUCUUUUAUAAAAAAAAACAAACUACAUGUAGUUCUGAAAACUGAACUGAAAUAUGCUUACCUUCUGUACAUACAUCAACCACAAGUAAAGUUCUAGCAUUUGCAAACCUGAUUACCUCCAAAAGUGAAAAAAACAGAAAACUGCAUUGAAAGAUUUUGUUAAAGAUUCCCUUGAAAGUGGUGCAGAAGCAUCACAGACAUCUUGACAGCAGAUUUUGAUAUCUGAUUACAAACUGAAAGGAUUAGGUUUAUGGCCAUUUCUCUAAAGCACAUAGCUAACCCUAACCCCUCUCUCUGUGUGUUAGUCCUAAUAACGAAAGUGUGUCUUUGGUGCUAACACUUAUAGAAAAGAAACAAAUCACAAAUCAAACCAUUUGCACAAUAAUGAAUCACAUAUCUCACUGAGUCAUUGGUUAUAUUUACAUAUCAGAUUGCUGAUCAUAUAUUGUCUUUUUCUUGAUGAACAAAACUAGCUUUAUGGUCAUUUUUAUUAAUUUAUAACAUGUUUUAUUCAUAGUCUUUGUUAUAAUCUGACUAUGAAAUAUUUUUGAUGUGUUAAAUAAAAAAGAAACCCUGC